AAAUUCAAAAAAUUUAAUGACUGCCCUCACGUACUGUCUCGUGGGGGGUAUGAACUGCUUGACAAGAAACUUAUGGAGGAGAAGAGCAAGCGUGGACAUGAGGAACAUUCGUGUACUGAAAGCCCAACACUCAACGUCGACCCACCAUCCCCAAUUGCAAGACACUUGAAGUGGAAGAUCGCCCGCACUAAGCGGCAUGGCCAAAUGACGUCUGAAGUGGCACAAGAAAUUGCAGACAAAAUUGAUUCAUUACAGGAACAAGCAACACAGGGGAGUUUUGUUCCGCAUGGGCGACAGGACAUACUCAACACGGCCCUUGGCCGACCUAAGCAUCCAGGCCGUGUUCGCGUCGCAGGGACAAGUGUCACAAUAAGCCAAUACUUUGGCCAAGCCUCACGUGCUUCUAGCACAUCGUCACCAUCGAUCAACCAACAACAAUUGGCUGAUAUCAUCGGUGUAAUUAAGGAUGACAUAAGAAAGCAGCUACAAGAUGAGAUAAGAAAGGAGGUAUAGGAUGAGAUAAGAAAGGAGGUACAACAAGAACAAAAGCAGCAACAAGAGGCUUGGAUGAGGGCAGUUGAAGAAAAACAGUGGCAAAAUUUGGAGAUGAUGAAGCAAGAGUUAAAAAAAUCAUUGAAAGUAGAGCUAUCUCAUAUUGCAUCACAUCAGUCAGCCCCCAUUGAGGCGCCAGAAAUACAAGCUCUACUUGCGCGUGUUAGCACAAAGGGUAGCUGCGCUGGACCUGAAGGAAGCGGAUUACUUAAAGAGCUUUUGAGUGGUGGUGACGAUCUGAUGGGCUUGUUCGUAGUUGUUGGGGAAAAUAUUGUGCUUGCGGGCUUGGGAAAAGUGUUUGAGAAUUCAUCUACCAUACAUAAUGUUCGUUAUGAAAAUGAUGUUGUUAAGGUUCAGGUUGUCAGAACAUACAUGCCUUACGCUGAGGUCCCUAUUCCUACAUCAGAGGUUCAUUAUCUUGAGCAGGCCGUUGGCACAUUCGUCGCAUGGCCGACCCAUCUUGUUAGGGAAGU